CCAAUUGUUUAAGGUGAGUUUGGUCUCGGGUGAAGUAAACAAUACUAGAAAUGGGUCGAACAGAGGCGUUUAUUAGAUUUCGAGAUGAUGUUACAAAGGUGGAGAAAGUAAAAGCAAGCCGGAGCUCGUGAGAGCUUAAACCGGAAAAGUACAAAUAGCAGAGAGAUGAUUGUACGGAUGAUAAACCCUAAUCUCGCCGCUAAGUUUGUGUAGCUAAGUGUCGAUGCCUUUCUCCUUUGCUUUCCUCUCCUUUUAUACUCUGUUCGAUUACCUUAACCUAAUCUCUUUUUACUGAUUGGGCUUUGUCGGCCCUUCGGGCCUGAUUAUGAGAUGCUCGCUCCGAGCCGUUUAGUCGAUCAACCUCGCUUCGCUUGCUCUCCGCUUCGACUAACGGCGCUUCCUGGUUAAGUUGAAGCCUCGAGAAUCGGCUUCUGCGCCGACGUCGACUCGGUUUGCUGGACUGGGCUCUUUGUUCGAUGGGCUUUGUGGAUGGGUUAAAUCCAUCCCCAACAAUGGCCAUCGGUUCAUCUGGUGUCUUCGCCGUGCUACACCGAUGGGACCUCCCGAAGAAUUCACGAAUCUUGAAGAGAUUCUCCCGGAAGGGUUUCUAGACCGGACAUCAGAGAUUGGUAAGAUUAUCGGUUGGGCCCCACAGAGGGCCGUGCUGGCGAGUCCAGCCAUUGGAGGGUUUGUCUCGCACUGUGGUUGGAACUCAAUACUUGAAAGUCUAUGGUUCGGAGUUCCCAUAGCCACGUGGCCGCUUUAUGCGGAGCAACAGCUUAACGCAUUCGAGAUGGUGGAGGAGCUGGGGCUAGGGGUGGAGAUACGGAAUCAUUUUCAAGGAGUAUAUAUGGCGGAGGAGACGGAGAUGGAACUGAUGACGGCAGAGGAGAUAGAGAGAGGAGUUCGUUGUUUGAUGGAGAAGGAUAGCGAUGUGAAGGAUAGAGUGAGGAAGAUGAGUGAGAAGAGCCACAAGGCAGUAAUGGAUGGUGGAUCUUCGCAUGCUGCUCUUAAAAAGUUUAUUCAAGACGUUACUCGUAAUAUCUCUUGAAUGUUGGAGAUAUGGUAUUAUGGUGAACGUUCCAAAAAAAACAUCGUAUUAUCUUUU